UAUUUAGUAAUUAUAUAUGUUACAACGUUCUUGUGUUUUAAGUUCAAAAUAUUUUAGUAUUUAUAGUAUUAAUUACUUCAAAAUGGGCAAGCCACGCAAGCCUAAAGUGACUAAAAAAUCAAAUCAAAAUGAUACUGAUCCUAAGGAGCAUGAGGCAACUAUUUCGGUUUUACAAAAAUUUAGAAAUAAUACAGGAUCAAAAAUUGAAAGUCAAAUAAAAACUGAAAAUAAAAAUAUUGAGCAAGAUAUUGCUGAUCAGCCAAAGAUUGAAAGCCAAGAGAAAACUGAAAAUAUAAAUAUUGAGCCAAAUAUUGCUGAUCAACCUAAGACAGAGAUUCUAUAUGUUAAAAAUGAGAUUGAUGAAAAAACUGUUUCACCAGUUCAGGAUAAUAAAAAGGCUUUGAAAAGACCUCAUGUUAAAGUAGAACUAGAGAGCCCAAAAAAGGAAGGAGACGUCACUGAAAGCAAAAAGAGCAAUUUUAUUGCAACUUGGGAACCUCAAAAUUGGAAAGAAGCAUUACAAAAUUUGGAAAAAAUGCGUGAAAAGAAAGGCGCUCCGGUGGAUACAAUGGGAUGUCAUAUGGCUGCUGAUUUAAAUGCUGAACCAAUAAUAAAGCGAUUUCAUUUCCUCAUUGCCCUUAUGCUAUCAAGCCAAACAAAAGAUCAAGUUAAUUACGAUGUUAUGCAAAAACUUAUUAAAUUACCUGGAGGUCUGACUGUUGAUGUGAUAAGAAAUAUUGAUGAAAAAGAUUUGGCUGAGUUGUUACGCCCUGUUAGUUUUUACAAAACUAAAGCUAAACAUAUUAAAUUAGCUGUGGAAAUUCUGAAAGAUAAAUAUAAUUGUGAUAUUCCGAAAACUUCAGUAGAUUUAUGUAAAUUGCCUGGUGUAGGACCUAAAAUGGCCCACAUUUGCAUGCAGGUUGCUUGGAAUGAAACAACUGGGAUUGGUGUUGAUACUCAUGUGCAUAGAAUUUCUAACAGAAUGGGAUGGGUAAAGAAACCCACUAAAACACCAGAAGAGACUAGAGUUGCUUUAGAAUCCUGGUUACCCAAAGAAUAUUGGGCUGAUGUCAAUACUUGGAUGGUUGGUCUAGGUCAAACUAUUUGCAAACCAAUCAAACCUAAUUGUAGUGGUUGUCUUAAUAAAGAAUUAUGUCCAGUGGGCCAAGGGAAGAAGAAACCAUAAUUUUGCCCCCAUCAGGUAUAUCAACAACCCAUCGAGAUCCAACCAGAUUUAAAGAUUUUGAAAAGAAAUCGUUGUAUAUCAAUCCAGUGAAAAUUGAAAAUAGGCCCAUUAGCAAAAUUAUAUAACGACCGCC